AUGUGGACGAGUUUCUCUGUCAGCUCUGUCUACAAAAAUGCAGUACAGAUGAACAUGGCUCAGAACUAUUCAUCAGAAGUUGUUCUGAAGAUCACAGCUGAAACUGUUCUCAUUUCACUGAAAGGUGGGAUCUCGUCCCUGAAGGAAGUCUAUAAGGCUCUUAAGACAGAUAUACAUCCUCUAACUAGGAAAUGCUCCAACUACGACUACAUCAGACAGCAGAUAGUACAGGCUCAUCAGCUCCUGAAGCAGUCAGAACAGGAAGCCAGUUCAGGGUUAAAGAGUCUGGAUGAAAACUUAGAGAGACUGAUACAAGAAGAGGGGAAACUCAAGCAGGAGAUAAAUGACACAAUACUAACCUUAGACAACUUUAGAAAAGAGAAGGAAUCAAAUGAAUAUUUACUCAGUGUAUCUCAGGGAGCUCUGGAGCAGACCAGGAGAAAUCUGAAUUCAGCAAUACACACACUUCAGGCUCAGCAGAAAAGGAAAUAUGAUGCUGAAAUUGUCACAGGUGUUGGGGCAGGAGUGUUAGUUAUACCAAUCAUUGGAUGGAUUGUAGGUCCUGCCAUGAUUAUUGGUGUUGCAGUUGAACUGGAUCAAGCAAAUAAAGCCGUCCAAGUGGCUCAAGAGGAGGUGAGAAAGUCUGAGAAUGAAGUGAGAAACUAUGAACUUAAAGUAUCUCAUUACGUGUCUAAGAUUUCCCAGACCGAAUGUGACAUCAGUCAGAAGGUUGACCAGUUGAAACAGAUACGUGAAGGAAUCCAGAAGGUGAAGAAGCAGAGUCAGUCUGUAGCUGAGUUCCAAGGGAAAGUGAGAGGAGCUGUCAAUCUUCUGGGUGUCCUCAGAGGGAGGGUCAGUGUGGCUGAACAUCAGACUCGCAGAUCCAUCCUCCAGGAGCCUGAGAUGAAGGUGAUGGAGGAUGUGAUGAAGGCCAUAGAGCAGAUCACAGGGAAUGAGCUCCUUUAUCGCAAUGACCUGCCAAGACUCAAUGAGAUGAAGGAGAACAUCCAACAACUUGCAGCCAUUUGUGCCUCAGAGAACAGCUCAAUAUCACAAUAACAUGCUGUUUCUUUUGUUUUGA